AUGGCCGCUGCAGAUCUCGCGACCAAGAAGCGCAAGGGCGCGUCAGAUGCUGCGCCCAAGGCAAAGAAGCCCAGAAAAUCGGACGACAUUGCUGCCCCAGCAAAGCCCGCCAAAUCCCCAAAAGCGGCCAAGGCCGCUGCUGCACCAGCCGCCGCCGAGAAGCCUGCAAAGAAGUCCGCGCGUAAGCAGGCCGAGGACUUUUUCUCCGACAACGAGGCGCCCGCUGCGAAACCCACAAAAGCCACUAAGGGAAAGAAGAAGGCCGAGGCUGUUCCCGAAGCCAAUGGCGAGGAUGAGUCAAUGCUUGACUUUGACGUGAUUGAAGCGAAGAAGGAGACACCCAAGAAAGAGGCACCGAAAGCAAAGGCUACCAAAGCGAAGAAGGGCAAGAAGGAGCCCGUAGCAGAGCCCGAGCCUGCCGAGGAGGAGGUCACUGAGGUGCCCAAGGUUAAGGCCACAAAGGCGAAGAAGGGAAAGAAACAACAGGAAGAGCCCGUAGAAGAGGUUGUCGAGGUCGACGCCGUUGUCACCGAAGAUGGUAAUGUCGAGGACGCAGCAGAAGAGGAUGACCAGACCGCCGCACUCCUUGCCGGCUUUGGCAGCGACGACAGCGACAGCGAAAAUGACAUUGACUUUCCUGAAGACGAGGGUGCCGUCCCAAAGCUCACGAAGUCGCAAAAGAAGGCUAUCGCAAAGGCAAAGGACACUCCCAAGGCCACCGAGCCUGGUGUGAUCUACGUUGGCCGCGUCCCCCGAGGUUUCUUCGAGCCUCAGAUGAAGAAGUACUUCUCACAAUUCGGCCGCGUGCUCAACCUGCGCCUCUCGCGCAACAAGAAGACCGGUGGCUCUAAGCAUUACGCCUUCGUUGAGUUCGCCUCUGCUGAAGUCGCCGACAUUGUCGCCCGCACAAUGAACAACUACCUCAUGUUCGGACACAUUUUGAAGUGCUCGCUCAUCCCCAAGGAGCAGGUCAACGAGAACCUCUUCAAGGGGGCCGGCACACGGUUCAAGGUCGACCCCAGGAACAAGAAGGCUGGGCUGGCUAUGGAGCGGGGCGCUGAGCGGGAAGUGUGGGAGAAGAGGGUCGAGAAGGAGAACAAGCGGAGGAGUGGAAGGAAUAAGGAUCUGAAGGAGACGAUGGACUACGAAUUCACAGCCCCGACCGUCAAGGCCGUCAAGGAUAUCCCGGCCAGCAAGAAGCUCGAAGUCGAGGCGAGCGAGCCCCAGCAACUCCUGAAUGAGACUGCGGCCCCGGCAGAGCCAAAGGGCAAGAAGGGCAAGAAGCCCGCUGCAAAGCCCGCUGCUGCUCCCGAGCCCGAGCCUGUCGCUGAAGAGCCCAAGGUCGAAGCACCUGCAAAGAAGACCAAGAAGCGCAAGUCCGACGCUGCCACCGAACUCCUCGCCGCCGUCGAGGAACCUGCCAAGAAGCCCGCCGCCGCUGCUGCUGUACCCAAGGCGAAGAAGGCAAAGAAGGCAAAGGCCUAG